UCCCGCCGGCGCCAUCUUGCCCGGGGCGCUGAGGCGGCACCGGGGGGGUUCCCCCCCCCUUCAUUUCCCGCCGCUUUUUUGAGGUGAAAUCCGGCGGUUUUGGGGCUUCUGAGCCGCCCCCACCUCCAGGAGGCGUCGGGGGGAGACCGGAGCCCCCCCCCGGAGCUGCAGCGGCCGGGGGGGGGCGGCCCGGGCUCCCCCAGCGCCCGCCGGGACCGGAGCUGGAGCCGCCGUUUCACCCUUGCCAUGCCGGCUCCUCGUCCCCCAGCCCGGCCCGGGAGCCUCCGGGACCCCGAAGUUGCCGAAUUAUUCCUCAAAGAUGACCCCGAGAAGGUUUUUGGGGAGCUGCGGGAGAUCGGGCACGGAAGUUUCGGGGCUGUGUUCAGUGCCCGUGACCUGCGCUCCCAGGAGUUGGUGGCCAUCAAGAAGAUGUCGUACCGUGGGCGAGCCUCCAGCGAGAAGUGGCAGGACAUCGUGAGGGAGGUGAAGGUGCUGCAGAGGCUCCGGCACCCCAACACCGUGGGCUUCAGGGGGUGCUACCUGCGGGAGAACACGGCCUGGCUGGCCAUGGAGUUCUGUGUGGGAUCAGCCCUGGACCUGCUGGAAGUGCACCAGGAGCCGCUGAGGGAGGAGGAGAUCGGGGCCAUCACCGAGGGGGCCCUGCAGGGCCUGGGCUACCUGCACAGCCAGGGGGUGAUCCACAGGGACAUCAAGGCUGGCAACAUCCUCCUGCGGGCCCCCGGCCACGUCAAACUGGGCGACUUCGGCUCGGCCGCCGUGGCCACCCCGGCCAAUUCCUUGGUGGGGACCCCGUACUGGAUGGCCCCCGAGGUGAUUCUGGCCAUGGACGAGGGGCUCUACGACGGCCGGGCGGACGUGUGGUCACUGGGCAUCACCUGCAUCGAGCUGGCUGAGCGGAGGCCGCCCCUGUUCCAGCUGAACGCGAUGAGCGCCCUGUACCACAUCGCCCAGAGAGACCCCCCGGCCCUGAAGCACCCCCAGGAGUGGUCGGAGGAAUUUCGGGAUUUCGUCUCUCGGUGUCUCCGGAAGCUUCCGCAGGAACGGCCCCGAGCGCGGGAGCUGCUGCAGCACGCCUUCCUGGCUCAGCAGCGCCCCCCAGGGGUCGUCCCGGAGCUGCUGCGCAGAACCAAGAUGGCCGCCAGGGAGGAGGACCCCCCCAGCCCCUCCCCCAGCGUUCCCAGUUCUCCCAGUAGCUCCAGUGACCCCCCCAGUCCGGGGGACCCCGAGGACGACGCCGAGGGGGGGGAGGGGCCCCCGGGGACCCCCCCGCAGGACGACGCCAUUUCCGCCAUCUUGUCCCCUCAGGCCGCCAUUUUGUCCUCCUCAAACACCCAAACCCCCUCGGUUUUACCCUCCCAAAACCCCAUUUUUUUCCCCCAAAACCUCAUUUCCUCCACCCAAAACCCCAUUUCCUCCACGCAAAACCUCAUUUCCUGCACCCAAAAUCCCCUUUUUUCCACCCAAACCCCUCUUUUAUCCCCCCCAACCCCUCCCUCAUCCCCCUCAGCCGCCAUUUUCCCUCCCCCUUCCCCUCAGGCCGCCAUUUUGUCUUCACCGACUUCACCCCCUCAAAACACCAAUUCACCUUUUUCUGACCCAAAUUUACCCCCUGAAAACACAAUUCCAUCCCACAAAAACACAAUUUCGCCCCCGGAAAACCCCAUUUUAUCCCCCCCAGACCCAAAUUUCCCCUCAGAAAACCCCGUUUUACCCUCUGCGACCACUUCACCCCCGCCGGCAGCCAUUUUGUCCCACCCGCAAAGCCUUUCACCGUCCCAAAAUCCCAUUUUUCCCCCCCAAAACCCCGUUUUACCCCCACAAAACCUCACUUUUUCCCCUCCAAACCCCGUUUUAUCCCCCCCAGACCCAAACCCCCUCUCAGAAAACGCCAUUUUGCCGCCCCCAGACCCAAAUCCCCUUUCCCCAAACCUCCCUUUCCCUCAGCCCCUUUUCUCCCCUCAGGCCGCCAUUUUGUCCCCCCCCACCCCUUCCAUUUUCCCGCCCAAAAGCUCCGUUUUUUCCCCCAAAAGCUCCGUUUUUUCCCCCAAAACGCCCAUUUCCCGUUCGAAAACCACCAUUUCACCCCGCCACGCUUCCUUUUACCCCCCUCCCACCCCUCGCCGCGCCACCACCCCUCUCCCCUCGCCGUCCCUUCUCCCUCACCUGCUCUGCUCCCUGCUGGCCUUCACCGCCGCCCUCCACCCCUCGCCGCCCUCCCUCCUCCUCCUCCUGGCCGCGCUUUGGGCUCAAAAACGGCGAUUUCGGGGCUUCCUCCCCGCCCUGGAGUGCGGCGCCACCGGGCUGGCGCUGGCCCACGCCUUCCUCCCCCUCCUCCCUCACCUCUGGGCUCCCUCCUCAUCCUCCUCGGCCGCCUCGGCCUUGUCCUCGGGCCUGGCGGCCGCGUUGGGCCUGGCCGCCAUUUUGGGCCUCGGCGCUCGCCGCCGCCGCCUUUACGUGCCCGUGGUGGUUUUGGCCGCCCAGCUUUGGCUCUCGCCGUGGUUGUUUUUACCCCUUUACGUCCUGGGCGAGCUCUCGCGAGGGGGACGAGCCCACCGCUGGUGGCUCAGGGCGCUUUUGGGGUUGCCCCCUCCUCUUUUCCGCGCCUUCUCCCGCUUGGGUUUGGCCUCCGAGCGAGGCCUCUUCGCUUUCUUCCCCAAAACCAACAAAAUGAGGUUCAGGAGUCGCCUCCCCGUGCCCCAAAAACGUUCUCGGGGCGGCGUUUCCUCCUCCCCGAGGUGUCCCCGGCGUUUUUGGGGCGCCCUCGAUGGUUUCGGGAGGAGUUUUUGGGGUUUUUUUCCGUCAAUUCCGGAGGUUUUUUAAGGGGAUUUGCGGGGGUGAGGCCGCCCCUCCCCCACCCAGCCGGAUCCCCCGCCCCGCCCCCCGGCCCCUCCCCCCACCCCCAAAAAAGGGACCCCAAAACCGGGGGCCCCUCCCCCACCCUGCCCCUCCCCCACCCCGGCGGCCCUGGAGGUGAUUUUGGGGUGGGGGAGGGGCAGACACUACGGGACCCCAAAAAAAUCCCCAAAAUUUGGGGGAGAUUUUGGGGUCAAAACCCCCCAAAAACCCAAAAAUCCCAAAUUUGGGGGAGAUUUUGGGGUCAAAACACCAAAUUUGGGGUCAAAAACCCAAAAACCCCAAAAUUUGGGGGAGAUUUUGGGGUCAAAACCCCAAAUUUGUGGUCAAAACCCCCAAAAAAGCCCAAAAAUCCCAAAUUUGGAUUUUGGACCCCAAAAUCUCCCUCAAAUUUUUGGAUUUUUGGGAUUUUUAGGCCAUAAAUCUCCCCGAAAUUCGGAGAUUUUUUUUGCUUCUUGACCCCAAAAUCUUCCCCAAAUUUGGUGAUUUUUGGCCUAUUUUGGGGUCAAAACUCCCAAAAUCCAAAAAUUUAGAGGUUUUGGGGUUAAAAGUCCCAAAAAAACCAAAUUUGGGGGAGAUUUUGAGGUCAAAACCCCAAAUUUUGGGUUUUCCCUUUUUUUUUUUUUUUAUUUCUACCAAAAUUUUGGGGUCCCCCCUUUUUUUUCUCUAUUUAUUCUCCCACGGGGGUCCCCAAAAUUCCAUUUUUUGGGGGGAGGGGCAGCGUUUUUGGGGUCAUUUGGGGUUUUUUUUUUUCAUUUUUUCCUUUUUUUGGCAUUUUUUUUCCAUUUUUCUUUAAUUUUCAAAUUUUUUUCGUUGGAAUUUUCAUUGUUUUGGGAAUUUUUCUUUCGUUUCGUUGUCAUUUUCUUUGGAUUUAAUUUUAUUUAAAAUAGAAUUAUUUAAAACA